CACCCACCCACCCCACUUCUCCAACCUCCACUUCGCCAUCGCACUCCCCCAAGCCACCAUCACAAAUGGCACCACCACAGCCAUCAGCAGACGCAGAGUCAUCGACAUCAGGCGCAGGGCCGCAGCGCACACAGAUGCUAUCUCGCGUGCCCCGCAAGCUCAACUUUGCAUGCGAGAGCUGCCGCGUCAAGAAGCGACGUUGCGAUGGAACCAAACCGCGGUGUAGACUCUGCGCGGCGCUCAACACGGAAUGCGUCUACAAGUCCACCCCCACACCAAAGUAUGUGCAAGAUCUCGAAGCGUACAACUCGAGUCUGCGGCAUACCCUCCUCCGGCUCAAGGAUGCCUCGCCAGCACAGAGAGAUCACAUCCUCGGCGCGUUGGACCGUGCGGCGCUUGGCUCGGCUAUCCCCUCGGCGCUUGGGACGUCGUCGCCUGCCACCAAAUCCCCACAUACCGACACCCCGUCGUCAGGCGUCAAGUCCGAGCCCUCGAGCCAGGCGCAGUCGGUCUCUCCCGAGGGUGAUGGGGUCGACUCGCUCACUGAGAAGUUCAAGGAGCAGGCCAAAAUAUCAGUCGAUGGCUCGGGCUUGCUAUCCCUGCAUGGACCCUCGUCACUGUUCUACCUCGCGCCCACGCCGUUCGGGGGCAAGCGCAAAGACGACGCGGAGGAGGUGGAGGCCGAGCAGCUCGACAUUGAGCAGCACCUUGUGCUCGAUUGGAUCGACAACAUGUCGACAACGGCAAGCGUGCCGUCUGUCAGCAACGACGUGUGGCAGUACCUCCUCAAGCUGCACUUCACCUGGGUGCAGCCUCUGUUUGGUUUCGUGCACCACAAGGCAUUCCUACGCGACAUGACACGACCGCGCACCCCUACGUCCAUGUUCUCGCCCUUCCUCCUCUACUCGCUCGCCACACACGUCAUGCGAUACCGCGACCAGGAGCUCCUGUUCCCACAAGACGGCGACACUCAUCCCGAUCCUUUCCUCCCACAGGCGCGUUUGCUCGUGUACCGCGAGAUUGAGCGAGGCAGUUCACUGUCAGCGUGUCUCGGCCUCCUCCUACUGAGUGCUAAGGAGGUGUUCCUUGGCCGUGUGGGACAGUCAUGGGUGUAUCUCGGAAUAGCAGUUCGCAUGGUCCAAGACCUCGGAAUCCACCAAGACGGACGGCAGCUCAACGGCACCUGUCAGUUCAGGUUCUCCCCCGACGAGUUGCGGUCGCGACAGCACAUCUUCUGGUCUGCAUACCUCUGGGACAAGAUGGUGUCGCUGUAUUUCGGCCGCGCGCCGAUGCUGCAGGUUACGAAGAACUCCCCACCACCAAUGACCGGCGACCCCGAAAUCGACCACCAGCCGUGGGAGCCUUGCGGCAGCCAGAUGGACAACUUCCCGCCAUACAACCCACAGCCAAGCUACGAGGUGUUGACGUUUGCAUACGCGACGCAACUGGCAGUCGUGAUGAACGAUGUGCUGCUGUACGAUGCCGGAGAGCCCACUGCCCGACCAUUGGACGCAACACGCGCGGCCUUGACAGAGUGGUACAACUCGCUACCCAAGGACCUACGCUACGACCCGAAGAAGGAGACUGGACGUGUUGCGCCAGGACACAUUGUCAACCUCAACACGCUGUACCACAUGGUGUCGAUCCUCGUCGACCGGCGGCAAAAGGUCGGCGUGGUCCAGAAUUCGUCAGUGCGGUCGGCGCUGGACAUUUGCGUCCUCGCGCAGAUCAGCGACAAGCAUUAUGUGGACAGGCAGGCUGUUCUGUCACACUGUUACUGCAUUUACACCGCCGCCACCGUCCUCCUCUUCAAGCUCAAGCAGCACAAAGAAAACACAUGGAUUACCGACGAAGAGGCUAUCAUGGCGACGUCAUUGCAGUGGUGCUUGUGGCGCCUCACCGAGACAUCAAUCACGAUCCAUGCCCUCCGAAUCCCGAUCGACGUGCUGCAGGAGCACGUGUCACGGCUACCAGCCAACCUGCAGGCUAUCGUCCGCCCGGCAGAGAAGGCGACCGACGCGGCGCACACCGAGGAAGCGCAGGCGGAGACUGCCGCUGUGAUGGCCAACCUCUCGUCAGCCGGCAUGGUCGAGGGCACCGACCCGUUCUCUGGCCUGACAAUGUCGCUCGACUCCAUGUUCGGCAUCAUGCCUGCGACGAUGGUGCCGACAGGAGACACAAACAUGCAGACGCAGACGCCUGGGUCAGCUGCCGAAGGGUCAGCAUUCAGUCCCGACCCGGAUCUCAUGGACUGGCUGGGCAGUGGCGCGACCGGUGGAAACGGGGCGUGGUCAGGCCUUGCGCCCCCUCCGGGCGGGUUAGACUUGGCGUGGUUUGCAGGAACUCAGACCGACAAGGCGGCAUAGGAGCACCGGUGUAGUUAAUGUAUUCGUUGCCUAAUAUACAACUUGGAUCACCUUACAAGUCGCGCACGUCCUCGGCGACGACCCAGGGGGUGCGCUCGGCGCUGCCGCGUCCGUCCUCCUCCCAGACGACGGGCUCGUGGCGGGUACGGUUGACGGUGAGCUUGAAGACGUCGUAGCGCUGGUAUCCGCCGACAAAGUCGUGGAACUGCUUUGGCUCGAUGCACUUGUUGAGGUCGAACGUGGCGUACGCGAUGCCCUCGGUCUCGCCGCUGAGCUCGUCGCCGAUCUGCGCGCCUCCGGGGUCGAGGAACGACGUGGCGGCGACGGGCGCGUUGUCGAGAAUGUCCGCGAAGGAGGGGUCACGCGCGACGAGCAUCGCGCGCGCCGUCUCGCCGAUAGGCGAGGCCGAGAUGAUGCCGAAGCAUUUCGACUCGAAGCAGUGCGCUGCGACGCGGAGGCGCGUGGCGGCGGCGAGGUCGAAGUUACCGCCCUCGCUCGGCGGCCGCGUCGGGAAGAUGGGCGGCCAGUGGCUGACGUGCAGCUGCUCGCCCUGCGCCAUGAGCGAGUAUCGCGCGAGGCCGUUGCCGUUCUCGCCGCAGAUGAGCGCGCCCAGACGGCCAAUGCUCGUGUCGACGACGCGCAGGCCCGCGCCGUCCCCCGGCGCCCAGGUAAGCUUCUCGUAGAACGUGGGCACGAGCUUGCGGUGGUGGUUGAGGAGCGCGCCGUCGUCGCCGAUCAGCACGGUCGAGUUGUACAGGCACCCGACGGACGCGCGCGACUUCUCGUUGAAGCCCACCUGCGCGAACACGCCCAGUCGCUUACACGCGCUGCGGAACUGCGCGAUCUCUGGCCCGUCGACGUAGAUGCUCUCCUUGGCGAGGCGGAUGAACAGGUCGUGGUUGUGGAUCGGGGAGGUCAGGCUCGACCACAGGGGAAAGCCUGGGAUCCAGGUCUCGGGGUAGACGACCAGCUUGGCGCCUGCGGCGGCGGCUUCGGCGAGCAGCGCGAGGCCCUUGGUGACUGUCGCUGCCGUGUCGAGGAAGACGGGCGCGGCGUGGACCGCAGCCACCUUGACAACUGGCAGGUCCUUGCCCGUGUUGCUGCUCGUGCUCGUGUUCGUCAUGGUACGUGUGUGCUGGGGCAUGCUGGUGCAUGCUACUCCCCCGCGACAUAUGUAUCUUCCGCGUCGCCGAGUGCGGCCUCGCCCCGCAGAUUACACCCGGGCCGCGGUGCGGCCAGUUGCCGCAGGUAGCCGGGGCCGGUCGCGUUCUUGGCGGGUCGUCAGCUGGCUUAUCGCCCGGGGCGAUUCCGCACGUCCGCUGCGCAGGGGAGGGGAGGGGA